AUGGUCACCAGUUCGAGUUCCCUCAGGGCCACUGAGCUCAAAUUUCAGGCAAAGAUGGAGAAUGAGGAGAUGAAGUCAGAUUCACUGUGGUGGUAUAGUCACACAUCUCCUGAAAUUUCUAAAUUUGUUGCAGAAGAUGUCGAGGUAGUAGAUCAGAGUGUCAAAGAAAUGCUACAGUUGAUUGGACAUAGUGGAGAUUUUUCCAUGGAGAAGGUUGACAGUUAUCAUCUGAAGCAGGAUGAGUUAAUUGCUCAUGUCAAGGAAUUUUCCCGAAGGUACCAUUUGCUAGCUGAACGUUAUAGUGGGCUAACAGGAGAAUUACACAGGUACGUUGAGUCAGGAACCAAAAUGGAGAAUUCCAUACUCACUCCAGAUAAGAAGCUGGGAAUGCAAGAAUUUGAAAGAGGUGACUUCACUUAUAAUUUAUCUGUAAGCUCUGGUAGAGAUACUUCUGAUAUAUCUCUGAAUGAUGGCUCUAGAUUUAUCAUGUUAUCAUCAGAUUCUGAUUCUGAAUCUUGCAACUCAUCUCCUAAUGACCAUUUAAGUCCACUUCCUACUAGAAAAAUGCCGGAACCUGCAAUUUUGAAUCUUGAGACUGAGUUUUCAGGGAUGGAAGGUGUUGUCGACCCGACAAAGCAUGACCACAUGAAUGACACCCAAAAAGUGGACAGUGGAAGGUACAAAGAGAUGUUAAAAAAAAUCUCAACAUAUGAAGAACAAUUUAGGAUUUCUAGCCAAAAACUUAAGUUUCAAGAAGAAGAAAUUACCAGAAUGAGAAGUGAACAAAAAAAGAAUGAAUCACUUUUGAUAAAAUUGGGUAGUAUGGAAACUCAGCUUGAAUCAGCAAAGAAUGAGAUAAAAAUGCACGUGGUUCAUAUACAAACGGAGAACAGAAAGGUUUCUCAGCUACAAAUGCAAAUAGCUGUAUUGGAAGCCGAGAUUGAAUCAGAGAAAAGCAAGGUUCUUGAUUUGCAGGAGAGCAUGAUAAAGUACAUUGCAGAUGUAGCAGAACGUGAUUAUGAGAUAAGAAAGCUGAGUGCUGCACUGCAAGAUGCCUCGGAAAAUCUUGCUUCAGAGAAAGGACAGCUUGAGUCUCGUAUUUCUAAUUUGUCAGAACGUUUGACCACCCAAGAAGCAAGGACUGAGGAAUGGGAAUUGCAGUGUGAAUCAUUAGUUAAUGAGAUCAAGCAACGUGAAGCCAACAAAAAUGAGAUGAAAAGAAUGCAUGAAGCCCAAGAAGCAAGUUGGCAAGAUGAGAUAGAGAGUAUGACACUUGAGCUAUAUGAGAAAAAUGAAUGUGUGAACACUAUGAAUAAAGAUCUUGACAGGCUGAAACAGGAGUAUGACACGAUCCGAGCUGAGAAAGACGAGCUCAAUGCUAAGUUACUGACACUUAGUGCAGAGCUAAGUUUACGAGAAACUCAAGUUCUAGAAACAGAGUGUCAUCUGCAUCAGUUGCAUUCCGAGAAUGUGCAGCUGAGUGCAGGAUUUGAAAAUGCAAACAAAAUAGCAGAUGAACUAAGAUCUAGAGUUGAUGAAUUAGGGAAAGAGGUGGAAUGGCAAAGAGUCUUGAUCUCGGAUAGAGCUGAAGAGAAAAGGGAGGCUAUACGGCAGCUAUGUUUUGCACUAGAGCAUUAUAGAACUCUGAAUGAAGAACUUCGCAGUGUGUAUAAGAGGCCUCCAGUUAUGGUCUCAUAA